UUUGAGGAGCAAGCGGUAGUAGAACUCGCCACGCCGGCUUUCGUGCUCCUUCCUGGUGCUGGCUAGAGGCCGGCGAAGCAACUCGAGGAAGUGAAGGAUGCCUAAGAAAAAGACUGGUGCUCGCAAGAAGGCCGAGAGCCGUAAAGAACGUGAGAAACAGAUUAGAGCUUCAAGGGGCCACAUUGAUCUGGCGAAACAUCCCUGCAAUGCUUCAAUGGAAUGUGAUAAAUGUCAAAGACGGCAGAAAAAUCGAGCCUUUUGCUACUUUUGUAGCUCUGUACAAAAGUUGCCCAUUUGCGCACAGUGUGGGAAGACAAAGUGCAUGAUGAAAUCUUCAGACUGUGUCAUAAAACAUGCUGGUGUGUACAGCACUGGGCUUGCAAUGGUGGGGGCUAUAUGUGAUUUCUGUGAGGCUUGGGUUUGCCAUGGGAGGAAAUGCCUCAGCACCCAUGCUUGUAUUUGUCCUCUUGCUGACGCAGAAUGCAUCGAGUGUGAGAGAGGUGUCUGGGAUCAUGGAGGCAGAAUAUUCAGCUGCUCUUUUUGCCAUAAUUUCCUCUGUGAAGACGAUCAGUUUGAGCAUCAGGCCAGCUGCCAGGUUCUGGAAGCCGAGACCUUUAAAUGUGUUUCCUGUAAUCGACUUGGGCAGCAUUCAUGUCUCCGUUGUAAGGCCUGUUUCUGUGAUGAUCACACACGGAGCAAGGUUUUCAAGCAUGAAAAGGGCAGGGAGCCUCCCUGCCCUAAGUGUGGGCACGAAACACAGGAGACCAAGGACCUGAGCAUGUCGACUCGCUCUCUGAGGUUUGGCCGUCAGACGGGAGGUGAUGAAGCUGAUGGGGCUUCGGGCUAUGAAGCUUAUUGGAAGAACCUUUCAGCAGGCAAAGAGACAGGUGAUGAGGACUACGAGGAAUACGAAGCAGAGGAGGAUGAAGAAGAGGAUGACAACGAGGAAGGAGGGAGGGAUUCAGACACGGAGUCAGCUGAUGUGUUCAGUAACCUGAAUUUAGGAAGGACCUACGCUAGUGGCUAUGCACACUAUGAGGAGACCGCUGAUUAAGGCUGCGAUGCUAAGCACGCUUUGUGGAAGUAAGUCCCCUUGAGCAUAGUGGUCCUUAACUUCUUGGUAAAAAUGUUUAGGAACUGCCUGUAAGCUAUGUUUACGGUGGAACUAGUUUCUGAGGGCAACUCCCUGCGUGCUUAGUGAAUUUUAUGUAUGGCACUGGAAUAGUUCAACUAGGCUUUCAAGUAGCAGAGCUUAUUAGAAAUCAAAGGGAAUGGAGCAGUUGCAGGAGAUCAAGAAAAGAUGUGUAUGUCUAAAGAUAUUAGAAAGUUUGGAGGAUAAAAUGGCUGUGGCUUCUCAUUGGUCCAGGGAACUUAAUGCUCCCUCCACACCAUAAGUCAGAAAAUGUGAGGAGGUUAUGACAAUUUUUGUUUCCAUGUGUUCAUAAGAAAUGAAGUUAUUUCUCUUGAGUAUUUUGAUGGUGGGUUGUGUCAUCAUGUUUCAUAAAUUAUAGAAGUAUUGGUGGCAAUGGGACGUUGUCUAUUUUUAUAUAUUGAAAGCUGUCUCCUGUGAAAACUAGAUUUUUUCAUAAAUAUUGAUCCAGCUUGAGCACUUGGAGGAAAUGCUUGCUACAAGGAAUUGUACUAAAAAAAUGGAAAUUAAAUUUACUUUGACAUUUUGUGUGAGCAAGACUGAUCAAUAUAUUCUCUUACAACACACUUCUGAAGCAUUAUCAGUCUUUGCCUUUUUGAAUGCUAUAUGCUAGUUGUAGAGUUCCCAAUAAUUUGCAGAGUGACCGAAAUAAAUUCUUGAUGUCAACGUUUGUCACCAUAAAAAUGUCACUGCAUCCUUCUUACCUGAAUAAAGUCCAUUGCACUCUUCAA